ACUCAAGCUGCCAAGGAGAUGCGCGGCCACGCUCACCAUGCCUGAAUCUCUCCAGUGUAAAGAACCAUCUUCCCUCCAAAUUUUGCCUUGGACUCCGAGUCGUUGAGGACCGUAAACAUGCCGUCGCAGGACUCCUUGACAGUCGUGGGCGCUUUCCCCAUCCCCCACGUCUCCGCCGCGAGGUCGCCCAUCUCGGUCUGGACCCAGCCCGGAUCGAUGACCGGGGAGCUUAGCCACUCCUCCUCGAUGUUGAUGCGCUGGGAGUACCAGUGCGCCGCCGCCUUUGAGGCCCCGUAGACGCCGUUGGGGACAACCGGCUGCCGGGUCAGCGUCCCGGCGCCCGAGCCCAUGGUGGCGAAGACGGGCGACCGGGGCCGCGACAGCCCCCACGCCUUCUCGAGCAGCGGGCGGGUGGCCCGGUACAGCUCCACGAUGGACACCACGUUGACGGUGUAGUGCUCCAGCAUGGAGCCGCGCUUGACAUCCUUGAUGGCGGGGAAUUCGCUGGCCAGGGCGGCGUUGGCGACGACGAUGUCGAGGUGUUCGAUCCCGUGGUCGGCCUCGAGGGACUUGACAGCAUCAAAAGGCGACUUUUCAACAGCUGCCUCGUAGUUUACGACGACCAGCCUGGUGCCUUGCCCCAUGGGAGCAGAGGUGAGGCUCGCGGUCCUCGCUGGCGAAGGGUCCCGUAUCGCCGCGAUGAGGAUCUGCCCAUGGUCGCAAAUUGUCAGCGACAAAGCAAAAAUAUGUUUCGACACGGGCACAGAUGCCCGCCAAAGCCAUAGCUAGGGACUUACAUGGUCAGGCUCGGCGAGAUAUCGCUGGGCGAGCUCAAGACCUAACCCUCUAUUUGCACCAGUGAUCAAGACAACUCUUGGGGCCAUGAUAGCUGCUGGUUGACGGAGGAGUAGUUGGAGGUGAUGUCGGUGAUGUUUGGAAUGACGGUAUAGUUUGUGAGGACCGAAGUCUGGAAGAAAGGAUGCUGCUUGCCGUCGGACCAGGUUCAUGUAUAUAUAUACCCCGAUUUACCUGACUUGGCGUUGUGGACAGGACGCCAUAGGACUGGCUCCAACACUAGCAUCCAUUCCCAACCAAGAUACCUGCACAUUCUUGCGUCGCUAGUGUCACGGCGACAAGGGUGGCCUACUUGACCCAACCGAUUCGGCCGGCGAUGGCUAACGCCGACCGGCGAAUUCCAACCAACAAAAUCCGACCAACAAACUCCGAACCAUGCAACUAGGCCACCAAGGCGACCCGGCUAUCAAGGCGCUAGUCGGCGGGCCCGGUGGAGCGCCGCCUGGGACAUCGGAUAAGGUAAUGGGCCAACACGGAGAUCACCUCAGCACUAUGAACGAGUCUUCAUGUUGCGAAGCACCACGAACUGGCAGCGGCAGGCCCAAUCAGACGAUUGGCGUCACCACUGGAGCGGCUGGCUGA